AUGGUGAUAAAUGGUAAACAAGCCAUAAAUAAGCCAAACGAGGGUGAGAACACAUUAAAAUUCCAAAACUACCAUAAACAAUUAGAGGCAUCAUUUGUAAUAUAUGCAGAUUCUGAAGCCAUCACUGAGAAAGUACAUGGAUGUGCACCUAAAAACAGUAAAUCAUACACAGAAACAUACCAGAAACAUGUGGAUUGUGGAUAUUGUUAUAAGGUGGAUAUGAUAAUGUCAAAAACCGACAUCGAAAACUUCAAAACAGCAGAUAGUUGCCACAUAUGUAAUCAAAAAUAUAUUGAGACAGAUAUUAAAGUUAGAGAUCAUUGCCAUGUAACAGGUAGAUAUAGAGGAUCAGCACAUAAUGAUUGUAAUUUAAGUUAUAGAUUAACAGACAAAGUACCCGUAGUUUUCCAUAAUUUGAGAGGAUAUGAUAGCCAUUUUAUUAUGCAACAGAUUGGUAAAAUCGUUAAAAAACAUUCGUAUAAAAAUAAAUGGGGAGAACUCAAAGAAAUGGACAUCAACGUAAUUCCAAACAAUAUGGAAAAAUAUAUGGCAUUAAUGUUAGGUAGUCAGUUCAAAUUUAUUGAUAGUUUCCAAUUUAUGAGUUCUAGUUUAGCAGAUAACCUUCCAAAAACAUCAUUUAAAUAUACGAAAGAGAAAUUUGAUGAUAAAAAGAAAUUUGAACUAAUGACUAAAAAAGGUGUAUAUCUCUACGAUUAUAUGGAUUCAUUUGAGAAAUUUGAUGAGACACAAUUACCAUAUCAAAGAGAUUUUUACAGUCUACUAAUUGAUGAAUAUAUCACCGAUGAGCAAUACAAACAUGCUAAAAGGGUUUGGAAGAAGUUUGAAUUGAAAACAAUGAGAGAUUACCAUGACCUAUAUCUAAAAUCUGAUGUUAUACUAUUGGCAGAUAUAUUUGAAAACUUUAGAAGUACAUGUUUAGAAUAUUAUAAAUUGGGUCCAUGCCAUUAUUAUACAUCUCUAGAAUUAUCUUGGGAUUCAAUGCUGAAAAUGACAAAAGUAGAACUUGAAUUGAUGACAGAUGUUGACAUGUUUUUAUUUAUUGAAAAGGGAUUAAGAGGUGUAUCAUAUAUUGCCAACAGAUAUAGGAAAGCCAAUAAUAAGUACAUUACCAAUUAUGAUAAGGAUAUGCCGUCAAAGUAUCUAAUGUAUGCUAACAUAAUGGAUGCUAACAGUCUAUACGGUUAUGGAAUGUCACAAUAUCUACCAACUGGUGAAUUUUGA